AUGUCAACAACUACAACUACUUCCUCAACCACAGCACCACCCCCACCUCCAACAACAGCAGCCACUAGUGCCACAAUCCCCUCCUCCACGACGAGCAACACCUCAAAAAAGCCACGUCUAAUGGGAAUACUGUCCGUCGAGUCUGACAAGAUAAAACAUUCGCUUGCGGGGGCUGUUGCUGGAUGUGUCAGUUCUAUCGUGACGUGUCCGUUGGAUGUGGUGAAAACACGACUACAAAAUCAAAAUGAUAAUAUUGCCAAGGGAAUGUAUAACGGCAAUCAUAUUCGUGGCGCUGCUAUGCCAAUCUAUAAAGGAACUGGAGGAACAUUGAGGCGGAUUUGGCGAGAGGAAGGUAUUCGUGGACUAUAUCGAGGCUUGGGACCCACAUUAUAUGGAUAUCUACCAACAUGGGCUAUAUAUUUCACCGCAUAUGAUUAUUUUAAAGCGACGCUAGCAGAAGGUAUGCGGGGAUUCUACAAAGGUCUUGGACCAUCAUUGAUGGGUGUUAGUCAUGUGGCAGUACAAUUUCCAUUAUACGAAAAAAUGAAAGUGUGGUUAAAAUCCCCGGAUCAUGAGCACCUCUCGAACCUAUCAAUCCUCUACGCAUCGUCUGCCUCAAAAAUGAUCGCCUCGAUGGCCACCUACCCACACGAAGUAGUCCGAACACGACUGCAAAACCAAACAGUUCGACCGCACAAAUAUCACGGGAUAAUACACGCGGUACGAGUUAUCGCGCAUGAGGAAGGAUGGACCGCGUUCUAUAAAGGGAUGAUGACGAAUUUGUUGCGUACUGUGCCGGCGAGUGCUUUGACUAUUUUGACGUAUGAGAUUUUGAUGAGGCGGUUGAAUGCUGGGUCUACACGGGGUGGAUAA